AUGGUUUCAAAUACUAUUCACAAUGGAUCUGAUGAGAUUGCUAUUGUACGUGCAAGAGUGGACGACGUUCCAGUGGUCCUUAAUAUCCUAGAUGCCACGGUUAAAUGGCUGGUAUCGCGUGGCGAAACCAGGCAGUGGGGAGCAACAUCAUUUUCAGAGAUUCCACAACGCACUAAGCAACUCGAAGAAUACGCAACAACUGGGCUUGGUAUUUGGCUCGCUAUCAAGGUCGCUGAUGGCACGCCAAUGGGCCAAAAUCAACACUCCAACGGUAUGAAUGGAGGAGCUCCACGGACUAUCAUAGGAGCACUUGCUAUUGGAGAGAGGGCGUCUCAUAUACCACCUGUCUCUGAGCCUGAGCUUUACGUGCGAUUGGUAGUUACAGAUCGACAAUGGGCUGGGAAAGGAGUUGGCAAACGCCUUUUGCAACAUGCGCGUAAUCUUGCCAACGAGGCUGGAGUCGCAUUACUACGGGUGGAUUGCUAUGCAGGUGGCGACGGCAAAUUGGUCCAAUACUAUGAGUCCCAAGGAUUUAAGCGAUCCGACAGCUUUAGUCUCGAAAGUGGCUGGCCUGGUCAAGUGCUUGCUCAGCAAUUACAUGAGGUGAAGGGAGAAUAG